AAUUUUCAAUAAAUUUUAUAUAUGAUUUACAAGUGAUAAAAACAAAACAAAACAAUUUGACAAUGACAAUGCAUUCACAACGAUCAUCAACAAUUUUUUUAAUGAAAAAAUUUCUUAAUAAACAAUCAUCAUCAUCAUUAUCAACAUUAUGUUUGAAUUGUAAAAUGAUAAAAAAUCCAAAACAAACCCGGUAUAAUCUGGUCAAUGAAAAAUCUAAUAAUAAUAAUAAUGAUUACAUCAUCAAUAAUAAACGUAAUAUAAUGACAAUGAUAAUAAAUAGACAACAAACAACAACAAUGGAUACAACAACGAUGACGCAAUCUGAUCAAAUCCGGUGUCCAUUUAAACAACAUCAUCAAAAAACAACAACUAAUCUUAAUCAUCGACAACAACAACAACAUGAAAAAAAUCAAAUAAAAUUUGAAAAAAAUUAUAAAUCAUUUGAACAGAUACCAACACCGGCCGGUUUACCAAUAAUUGGAACAUUAUUCGAUUUAAUUCGUGCUGGUGGUGCUGAAUAUGUACAUCAAUAUUGUGAUAAACGACAUAAACAAUUAGGUUCAAUUUAUCGUGAAAAAUUGGGUAAUGUUGAAGCAGUAUUUGUUGCCGAUGCUGAACUUGUACAACAAGUUUAUAAACAUGAAGGAAAAUAUCCACAACAUAUGGUACCUGAACCAUGGAUUAUUUAUAAUCAAAAUAAAGGAAUUAAACGUGGUUUAUUUUUUAUGGAAGGUGAAGAAUGGAGUGCUCGUCGUAGUGCAUUAAAUAAAUUAUUUCUUAAACCGGAUAUUAUAAAUAAUUAUACUGGAGUUUUAAAUCAAGUUGUAAUCGAUAUUAUGGAUAAAUGGUCAACAAAAAUGAUGGCAAAUCAUACUGAUAAUAUAUUGAUUGAUGGAUUAGAAAAAGAGCUAUACAAUUGGUCAAUUGAAUCAUUAGGAACAAUGAUUUUUGGACGUCGUUUAGGUUGUAUAACACCACAACCAUCAAGUGCAUUACCCGAUAUACAUGAAUUUGUUAAUUGUGUACAAAGAAUUUUUGUUGAAUCGGCUAAUAUGCAAUUAAUACCACCAAAAUUAGCACAUUCAUUUCGUUUACCAGUAUGGAGAAGAUUUGAAUCAGCAGCUAAUAAUGCAUUAGAUUUAGCAUUUCAAUAUGUUGAUGAAAAUGCAAGACAAAUAAAAAAAGAAUCAAAUAAUAAUAAUCCGAAUAAUAAUCAGAAUAUUACGAAUCAAGGUAUUAUUAAACAAUUAUUGAAUGGUUGUGAUAUGAAAUUGGAUGAAAUAAGUCGUAUAAUUGUUGAUUUAUUUAUUGCUGCUGCUGAUACGACAUCACAUGCAACUCAAUGGGCAUUAUAUUUAUUAUCAAGACAUCCACAUGUACAAGAACGUUUAUUUGAAGAAAUUGAACAGGUUACCGGUGGUGAAUCGAUCAAUGCAAAACAUUUACAAAAUUUAUCCUAUGUUAAAGGAAUUAUCAAAGAAUCAUUAAGACUUUACCCCGUGGCUCCAUUUCUUACACGUUAUCUAUCCGAUGAUCUUAUUCUUGGUGGUUAUCAUGUACCAAAAGGACAAUUAGUUGUAAUAUCAUUAUUUACAACAGGAAGAAAACAAGAAUAUUUUGAACAACCAGAACAAUUUCAACCGGAAAGAUGGUUAAGACAAAAUGGUCGUAAUCGUAUUACACAUAGCCAUGCAUGUUUACCAUUUGGUAUUGGUGUACGUAGUUGUAUUGGUCGUCGUGUUGCCGAAAUACAGAUGCAAUUUUUUUUAGCACAGCUUGUAAAACGAUUCCAUAUUCAUCCAACAAGUGAUAAAGAAAUUGAUAUAAAAUUACGUAUGAUAACAGCACCGGAAAAAUCGAUUGAUUUGAUUCUUAAACAUCGAUGAUAGUAAUGAGAAAACUAUUAUCGAUUUUUUCAAUAAUUAGAAACCACCGAAAACAUAAACAAACAAACAUAAAUACUUUCAGAAACACAAUUUGGACACACAUAAACACACUUAAUACAAGUAAAAAAGAUUAAAACGAAAAACAAAAACAACAACAAUAAUUUUUUUUAUUAUAAAUUUUUUUUUUGAUAUCCCAUUUUGCUU